AUGUCAAAGUGUCAGUGUCCAUGUGAACUUGUAUUAAAAGUUGGUUGCAAUGAAUCGGAUGAAAUAUCGAGUGCAUUAACAAAUUUACUACGUUCAUGUUCAAUAAGUGAAAAUAAUUUUUUUGUUAUUGAAUGUCAGACUCAAUCGACAUCGUAUCUUGGCUCAUUAACAACAAUAAUAACAGCAUCCUCAUCAUCUAACUCAUCAGUCGAUGAUGUACAACAAAUUUCAUCUCAAUCAUUGAGUUGUGUUUUACUAAUAACUGAUGAUAUUCUAAAACGUCAACAACUUGUUUCAUCUUUAUCAUCGAUUAGUUCAAAUAUUAACAGUAACAAUGGUAAAUUACCAAAAUCAAAAUAUUUUUUCAAAUCAUCAAUAUGGAAUUUUCAUCAUAAGAUUGAAUUAUUAGAUGAAUAUAAAUCGACAAUUGCUCGACAAGAUUAUUAUGAAUUAUCAAAACAUUUACCAUUAUGGUCUAUAUCACAUGUACCAUUGAGUCGUCUACCAAUCGUUCGUUUUAAUAUAUUCACGCAACAAUUUGAUUUAAUGGUUAAAUUCUAUUCUUCACUAUUUCAACAUAAACCUGAAUCGAUUAAACCCGGUUUUGUUCUCUACAUUUUACAACAUUCUCAAACAAAAAUUGUGCAAUUUUCUAUUAAAUUUUCUCCAUCCAUUAAAUCUUAUUGUCUAUCUCAAACAUCACAUUUAAAAUUUCGUUUAAAAACAUUAAGUACACAAUUGCAAACAGAAUAUAGUAGCAAAUUAUUUUAUUUAAAUAAAUAUGAAUAUUGCAUACAUGAUCCAGAUGGAAAUUUACUACACAUUCAUUUAUUGACUAAUGAGCAAACAGCAACUUGUGUACAAGAACCAUCUCUACGGACAGUAAAACAUCAUCAGGAAAUCUGUACAAAUGAUAGUGGUGUUGGAGACAGUGAAUCACAAUUGAACUUGUUCAGUUCUGUUAUACCUCAAGGAUAUCAUCCAUAUUCCCAGCAAAAAUUAUCAAUUGGACCAACAUUAACUACAAAAACAAAUAGUACAACACCACAAGAUCAAGAUAUUCAUAGUCAUUCAAGUCAAUCGAGUCAUGAUUCUGGCAGAUGGAGUUCUAUAUCAUCCAAUGAAUUAGCAACCUUACGAACGAUAACAACAACAACUGCAAAUACAUUAACAAAUAGAAAUAAUUUUGAAAAUAUGAGUAACGAAUAUAAACAACAGCAAGUAAAUUCAAAUAAAGAAAGAGAAAAAACUCAUGACACUUUCGGACAACCGACUCAAACAUCGACACCAUUACAUCUCUCAAAAAGUACACAUCUUCGACCAUUUCAAGAAGAAAAACGGCAAUCACAAUUGUUUGAUCAAACAUGUGAUGUUUCGUAUGAAGUUGACUCGCCUCGAAAUAGUAAUUGUGAUAAUAGCCGUGAUUAUGUGAAAAAAGAAAAUGUUGAAGGCUAUUUAAACGCAUUUUUACAGAAAAAGAAUAGAAAACAUCAAAAUACAACAACAUUAAUAUUGCCGAAAAUUCAACAAGAAAAGCAACAUAAUAUGAAUGAUUCUUCUCUAAGACGAUUUUCAAAUGAUGAAAAACAACGAACAAAUUCAAUUAAUGUUAAAGCAUUAAUAGCUCAAUUUGAAACAUCUAGAAUAGAACGUUCCCCAGUCCGUCCAUUAUCCGCUCCACUAGUACAAUCAACAACAAAUCGUAAACCAAAAAGUAUUUUACAUCGUCGUAGUAUUACAACAUCAAUCGAUGUUCACAAAUGUGAUACAAAUAUUAAUUCAUCAAGAAAACGUUCAAAAUCUGUCACAUUUGAUUGUAAUGGAAAUCAAACAGACGAUGAAGAUGAAGAAGAAAAUAAUAUUGAACAGAGAAUAAAUCGUCCAUCGUCAUGUAUUGAUUUUGUGAAACAAGAACGACAAAUACCAAUUCAAUUUUAUACAUAUCAUACACGUGAUGGUACUAGAAGUCCAAAAUUGAAUAUUGGCAUAACACUCGAUUCAAGAUUAAGAAAAACACCUGUAUUAGAAAUGAUCCGUAGUUCAGCCAUGCCCGAAGAAAAACUAUGUGAUCCAGAAUUAAUUGAUCUAUUGAAAAGGACUAGUUCAUUGAGACGUGCCAAUAGUUAUAUAACAGCUAACACAUACAAUAUACCAGUAGCACCAAUUGCAAGAUUCUAA